AUGGCGGAUGGAGAUGAAAUCCCUAUCAGAAUCACCAAUGUAGAAUUGGCUAAAAUAGUCAAAGAGCAAAUGGCAGAGAGUAGGGCUGUCAGAGAGGAGAAUAGAGCAAUGAAGAGAGAGUUAGAUAAGUUGAAAGGCCAAAUGAGGAGAGGAGGCCAAGAAGAGUCAAAAGAAGAAGAAGAAGAGCAAGAUCCAGCCGGUCAAGCCAAUAUGCCGGAGGAUCAAAGGGCAAUGCUUGCAGCCCUAGAGAGGGUAGGAGUAAAGGAUAGGAAUGAUAUUCCUUUGUUCCAUGGCAAAUUGAAACCAGAAGAAUGCAUGGAUUGGAUAGAAGCUUUGGAGAAUUAUUUUGAGUGUGAGGUAGUACUUCCAAGCCAAAGGGUGAAGUUGGAAAAGUCAAAAUUGAAGGGGCCAGCGCUUAGUUGGUGGAAUUUUCUACAAUAUGAGAGAUUGGAAGAGGGAAAGGAGGUCAUUUCCACUUGGACCAGAAUGAAGGCAGAAUUGAAAAGACAGUUUGUACCGGAUGAUUAUGAAGUGACCCUUCAUAAGAAGCUUCAAAAUUUGAAGCAAAAAGAUCUUGAUGUGAGUACCUAUACUCAAGAAUUUCACAAUUUGACCUUGAAGGCCAAAAUGUUUGAAACUGAAAAACAAAAACUUGCAAGGUAUAUCAAUGGAUUGAAAUAUAGCAUCCAAGAUGAAUUGACAUUGGUUAAUGUGGAAUCAGUCCACAAAUGUUUUCAGCUUGCCCUCAAGAUUGAGGAAAAACAAAAAAGAAGAGGAGAACAAAGUAAGGGAAGAGGAAACUCAUUCCGUGGAAGAGGUAGGUUCAAUGGGAGAGGAACUUUUCCUAAGUCCCAAGGUGAAAGCAGCAAUCAAAGUGCUGAUAAUGAUGCUGGUGGCAGAGGUUCAUUCAGAGGAAGAGGGUCAAAUAAUGGCAGGGGAAGAUCAAGAGGAAGAGGCCCUAAUGUGUUCACCGGAAGCAAUCAAGGAGAUAGAAGGGUACAAUUGAUUCAAGAAGAGGAUUGCCAAAGCAAUUCAUCAUACCAUACAGCUUCAUCCAAGCAUGCUGAUCUAGUGCAAGGAGAAACUCUUAUGUUCAAUAGAUCGUUGUUGGUACCACUCAACAAGGAACCAGCUCAAAGGAAAUCCUUAUUCCAGACUACUUGCAAGGCAAAGGGUAAAGUAUGCAAGGUAAUUGUUGAUUCCAGCUCUACUGAAAAUCUAGUUUCUUUGGAAAUGGUUACCAAGUUAAAACUGAAAAUAAUUCCACACCCUACUCCCUAUAAAGUUUCUUGGUUGAAUAAGGAGCAGCAAACUAUUGUGAAUGAACAAUGCUUGGUAGAAUUUGAAAUUGGUGACUAUAAAGAUAAAGUUUUAUGUGAGAUAGUUGAAAUGGAUGCAUGUCAUCUUCUUUUAGGAAGACCAUGGCAAUAUGAUACUAAUGCCCAACAUAAUGGAAAAACAAAUGUGUUUAAUAUAACAAAGAAUGGUGAAAAUUUUGUCAUGACACCUUUACCGGAUGUAACAAAUGAUUCAGUUGUGUCUAAUAAUAUCAUGGUUGUAAAAGAAAAAGAGUUUUUAGAAGGUCUUAAGGAGGAAAAUCCUCCAUGUUUUGUUGUUGUAAUCAGGCCUAAGGAAACUAAUCAUGAGGGCAGGGAAUUGAGUUUAGAGGCCAAAGAAAGUACUUGUCCUAAGGUUGUAAUUGAUUUGUUGAAUAAGUAUGAUGGUAUUAUUGCUAAUAGUACCAAUGAGUCUCUUCCACCUAAGAGGUCAAUAAGCCAUUGUAUUGAUUUGAUUCCGAGUGCUACCUUACCUAAUAAAGCAGCAUAUAAACUAACUCCUGAACAAAAUGCUGAAGUUGCAAGACAAAUCCAAGAGUUGUUAGACAAAGGUUACAUAAGAAAAAGUAUUAGCCCAUGUGCUAUCCCAGCAGUCCUUGCUCCUAAGAAAGAAGGUACUUGGAGAUUAUGUACAGAUUCUAGAGCCAUUAAUAAGAUUACUAUUAGAUACUGGUUUCCCAUGCCUAGAAUGGAAGAUCUCAUGGAUUGUUUAGGGGGUGCAAAGUACUAUUCUAAGAUUGAUCUUAAAAGUGGUUAUCAUCAAAUCUAG